AUACUUCCCCUCUUCCUAAAUCUCCAAUGCAAUAGAAAUAUCUUUUUCUUAAAUAAAAUUCAAAUCUCCUAGUAUUCAGCACGUUCCCACUUCCAGCAAUAAAAAAAACCACCGAAAAACUGUUUUUUCAAGUCUCUAUAAAUUCUCAACCAAUUCCAUUUCCAAAAUCCUGAAAACUCCUUUCUAAUACCCACAAUUUUUCUUGAACAAACAAAAAACCAAGUGAAGAAGCAUAAUGAUAAACAGCACAACUGAAAGCAGCGAUGUUAAGUACCACCUACCAAAGCGCAUAAUCUUAGUCCGUCACGGCGAGAGCCAAGGGAACAAGGACGACAAUGCAUACAGCGUCACCCCAGAUUACAAAAUCCCUUUAACUACACGUGGGAUUGAGCAAGCCAACCAAGCUGGCUCCCGCAUUCUUGAUGUUGUCUCCGACCACGGAUCAUCGGACAACUGGAAGGUUUACUUCUAUGUUUCUCCUUACGUGCGCACGCGCUCCACGCUCCGGGAGAUUGGCCGGGCAUUUCCGAGGGAUAGGGUGCUUGGGGUAAGAGAAGAGUGCAGAGUUAGAGAACAGGAUUUUGGGAAUUUUCAAGUGGCUGAGCGUAUGAAAGUGAUUAAGGAGACACGUGAGAGGUUUGGGAGAUUCUUUUAUCGGUUUCCUGAGGGUGAAUCCGCUGCUGAUGUUUAUGAUCGAGUUUCUCAUUUCCUUGAAUCUCUAUGGAGGGAUGUUGAUAUGAACAGGCACCAUCAUGACCCUAACGACGAGUUGAAUCUUGUGAUUAUAUCCCAUGGUCUAGCUAGUCGAGUCUUUCUAAUGAAGUGGUUCAAAUGGACAGUUGAGCAAUUUGAGUACCUAAACAAUCUUGGGAAUUGUGAGUUUCGAGUUAUGGAAUUAGGGGCUGGUGGUGAAUAUAGCUUGGCAGUCCAUCAUAGCGAUGAAGAGAUGCUAGAAUGGGGGCUAUCCCCUGAGAUGAUAGCAGACCAAAAAUGGCGGGCUAAUGCUAGCAGAGGUUCUCUGAAUGAUCAUUGCCCUAGGUACCUUGAUGCUUUCUUUGAUCAUCUAACGGAUUCAAAUGACGAAGAUGUAAAAUCAAGCAACAACUUCCUCUGCCCGUAGCAUAGCAUUGUUGCUGUGCAUUUGUUCCAAUUCAUUACUUGCUGUUGUAUUGUUCGUUUGGUUACCUGACAGAAAUGUCUGUAAGAUCUUCUCUAGUUUCAUGUAGUUGUUCCAGUUUUAGGCUCGCAGAGGUUUGUUUCCUCUUGUAGGCAUUAUCAAUGUCAAUUUCUUGUAAAUUUAAAACCUUCAACUGUAUAUUUAAUAGCAUUUGACAUCAAGGACGAAAUGUGACAGUUUGUUUUGACUUGUGAAA